UUUUACAUCCCAGUUUACGUCUAGUUGGCAUAACUCAUUUCCGCAUUCCCAAAUCCUCCCAGAUAGGGAUCACUAUUUAAACGGGCUGAUGCAACGGUUUCCACUUUUUAAAAUCUAUUCUCGACCUUCAGCUGACCAGAAGAAAGGACAACUGUUGCACUCGGGAUCAAAGUCAGGUAAUAGACAUUUUCGUAAUCGAGAAACAUUUAUUAUACUGGGGCGCCACGCUUGAGUUGCGAGUGUGAGCAGCCCAUUCGUUUUUCAGUGGACAAUUGUGCACGGUCGUGCAAUUGAGCAAUCCCGUUCUUUCGUUCUUUUUGGAUUGGGCAGCAAUAGCCUAAUGUAAGCAUUUAUGGAGAUUAUAAACGUUCUUCAUGAGACAUAACUUUGCACUCAAUGGUUUUCUUCUGUUUAGUAUGCACGCUUGCAAGGUUGCAGACCUACACGUUUAUUCAUCCUAAUAAAGUGGUACUCUGCAACUUUAUUUUUCCUGAACGAAUAUGACAAAACAUUCCUCACAACACGUAUAAUUGAUUUAAUGUUUCAUCACUCUGCAAAAGUCAGUUACAUAACAUGCAUUCCAUACUGAAUAAUAGCUUCUGCUUUGAAAUGAGUCAUGACUCAAGUGUAUCAUUAUUAACCGAGGUUUACUUUUCUUGUUCUGUGUAAACACUGGCUUUCAGGAGUGUUACAUAAACUUGAUGGAAUUCUGACAAUGUAUCAAUUUAGUAGGUAGCCUAUUACAAUGUUAGCCUACUACUUACACUGCACACUGGAUCGAUGUUUCUGUGAAAUAAAAUUGGCUUCUGGUAAUAAUGUUAAUUUCGCAACUAAUUCAGCGCUCUGUUAAAGGUUUCUUCUCUCUUUUUUAACUUUCUGUUUUAGUUUCGAAACUUUCACUGUUGAAUAUCCUAAUCAUUGAGUAAUGAAAACAUGUGUAUCGUUCUUAUUAAAUAAAAUACAUAUUUUAAUUUAAUUACAUUUUCCAAUCUGCCUUUAUUGGGACAUAGAUUAUAUGAAGGGUGAGGUUGCAGAUACAGUCCUCAAUGGAAAACCUAAGGCGUCUAUCACAGCUAGGUGUGAGGAACCACUUUGGACCAGAUUGACAUGAGACAAUGGAUUUCUCAUAAACCCUGCCUUAUUGUUCACCAUUCAUUCCUUGUAUUCACUGGGAGGGAGAAAACAACAUGUUUCUUUGUGAAUGCAAUGCAGGAACACAGGGCAUUACAUUAAGAUAUACAUUUUGGUCAUUUGGCAGAUGCUCUUAUCCAGAGGAACUUAGUCAGGGUGUUAAAAUAAGUUACCAAAAUCUGUUUGUCUCUAAUACAAGGACAACAAUAAGUCUAUUCGAUUAUUUUCAUAGAUAUCUGCAAUGCCUGUGUAAGUGCAGUUAGCCUGCACAUAAACUUUGCUACACACAUUAUAGUUGUUGCAUAAAAAACAUUAUGGAGACCUGGUUGUCGAAGUAUGUGACUACUGCAUAGGUUACUAAAGCUGCCACGGAGGUCAUUGUCAUCAUGUAGCAUUACAACUAACAUCAUAACAGUACUGUUUUUAACCAUACUAGAGGAGUUCCACAUAUUACUUCCAGAUUUUUGGGCCUGGUACUUUUCUUUUGAGUAACUUUGGAACUGAAACUAAUUAUAAUCUGAGACAAAAUGAUGGACAUUUGCUUGUGUUUUCUUGAUUUAAAAAUUGGUUUCAGUCCGGUACAAUGAAAAUGUGCACCACACAGUAAAAAUGGAAUCAUGUUCUGCACCAAAUCUAUUCUGUUAUAUAUGACAAUUACCAGAUUUUCAUCCGUAAAGCCAAAUUGGGUUGUAUCUGUGCAAUAAUAAUAUUUUAAUAAAUGAUUUACUUAGUUGAACAGAAUUUGCUGUAAAAGGAGGGCAAAUGGAAGCUGUUGGUAGAUUUUAAUGCUGCACAUUAGGGCAUUUAGGUGGUGGAGGGAGGGGGCAGGUAGAAAGGGGUAGAGUAUUGUUGAGUGAAACAGGCCACACUUGCAUGCAAAUACACCAAAACCUCAAAUGACUUGUCUUAGUACCUUGCCCAGAGUAAGGUUAUUGGCUUACUUUGCUUGGUUCCCAUUAAUUGGAACUCAACAUUGUACGACUAAACAGCAUAGGCCCAGACUGCGUAGACAUUGAAGGAAACCUUCAGUACUUUCUAUUAUUUGGGUAGGGUCUGAGAUCAGUGUAGGAGAUCCUGUAUCAAUGUAUCCUGGGUAUCUGGAUUAUUGUACACUCUUUUACUAGUUUGAAGUUGUAUUAGUCGUAUGUACAGGAUACACAUGGUAUUCACCGUCCAACAAAAUGCUUACUUGCCUGUUCCUUCCCAACAAUGCAACAAUAAUAAUAAAUAAUAAAAUAUAAAAAAUAAGAGCAUGAAGUAAAUGGCUCAGUAGAAUAGAAUAAACAUUUUAUCAUGAGUAUAAUACAGGAAGGCACAAUGUAUAGUCCAAUAUUUACAUGUUUUGGGGAAGGGGGGAUAGGGAGGCAAGUGUUUAAAUUGUGCAGCAUUUAGCAAUCGUAAUAAGUCUGGUAGCAGCAGUUGUGAUGUGUGUAGCAUGAAUGUGUGUAUGUGAGUGGGUGCAUGUAUGCCAAGGUGUGGAGAGUCAGUGCAGGUGGUCAGUCCAGUUCAAGUGUUCAGUAGUCUGUUGGCUUGUAGAUGGAAACGGUCUCUGAGCCUGUUGGUAUCAGACCUCAUGCUCCGAUACCGACUGCUCGACGGUAAGGGAGUGAACAGCUAGUGUGUGGGGUCCUUAAUGAUACUGCGUGCCUUCCUCAGGCACCGUUUCGAGUAGAUUUCCUAGAUGGGUGGGAGCACGGUCCCAGUGACGUACUGGGCUGUCUUCAUCACCCGCUGGAGGGCCUUGCGGUUGUGGACGGAGCAAUUUUCGUAUCAGGCCGUGAUGCAACUGGUCAGGGCGCUCUCGAUGGUGCAGCAGUAGUAUAUGGAGAGGACCUGGGUGGCAUGCAAAUGUAUUCAGCUGCCUUAGGAAGUAGAGACUCUGUUGCACCCUCUUGACAAGAGUGGUGGUAUUGUUGGUCCAUGCCAUGUCCUCAGUGAUGUGGACGCGGAGGAACUUAACUGCUGUCUCUCUCUGCUGCAGUCCCGUUGAUUUGAAUCAGUGCAUGUUCCCUCCUCUGCUUCCUGAAGUCAACAAUUAACUCCUUUGUUUUGCUGACGUUGAGGGAAAGGUGGUUGUCCUGGCACCACAAUGCCGGUUCACUUACCUCCUCCCUAUAGGCUGACUUGUUGUUAGUUAUCAGGCCUACAAUCGUGGUGUCAUCAGCAAACUUGAUGAUGGAGUUGGUGUCAUGCAAAGCCAUGCAGUCGUAGGUGUACAGGAAGUACAGCAGAAGGCCGAGGAAACAUCCCUAGGGGGCCCCUUAAGAGUCAUUGUGGAGGAGGUGUUGUUGCCAAUCCUCACAGCCUGUGGUCUGCCCGUCAGGAAGUCCAGGGUCCAGUUGCAGAGGGUGGUGUCCAGACCCAGGGCUCUGAGCUUGGUGUCGAGCUUGGAGGGAACAAUGGUGUUGAAUGCUAAACUGUAGUCAAUGAACAGUAUUCUCACAUAGGUGUUCCUGUUGUCCAGAUGUGUUACGGCCGUGUGAAUAGCGAUGGAAAUGGCAUGCUAACUUCCAAACAAAGAGAACACUGUUUCUGUUCUGUUUAUUUUUCCUCAUCAUUCUCAGUCAUUACUUGAAUGCUUGCAUAUCCUGCUGGGCUCAUAAGCGAUUUCUAUUUUUAGAUAUUUUGGAAGGAUACUGUACAUUCAGAGCAAAGGGGUACAUUAAUAUGAUUCUUUACCCAGGUUGUACCCCAGGGGUGUUACUUGGUUGGUGUUGUGAGUAUUUGCUCUUGUGCUGCUGAGUCCAUUUCAGUCCAUAAUGUGGUGGGAAAUGUGAAUGUGUGUGGGCAAAUGAAAUCAGACAGCGGUCUUGUCUGCAGCGUGCAACAGGCUCUGAUAUCCUUGGGAGAGUUGUGGUAGCUAGCUGUUGUCCUUGGCUACCCCUCUCCACGCACCUUCUCUUUGAUUUUAGAGUGGCUUGAUUUUCAUAGCAACCUUGGCAUUGAAUAGUAGCAAGAGAAUGAAUGGCUGAUGCAAGCUUACAAAUGAGUGAGGCAAAAUUUAGUAGAAUCAAGCAGUUAUAGAUGUAAAGUGCUUUUUCUUUAAAUAUACUAUAUUGAGACACUGUUUAGUGAGCUACAGUGUAACCUAUACCCUAUCCGUCAUCCUCCCAAAUUAAUUACUUGCUACUCACCUGGGAAUAGAGGCAGAUGUCCUUGCAAAACUUAUAUCACUACAGUUGUAAACCAAACAGAUUUACAGGGAAGACACUGAUGAACAAGUAUGGCACCAUAGCUCUUGGAUAGUGUCAGUUUAGUCAGACAAAAUAGGAGGAGAAGGGUUAGAGGAAGGGCCUUUAUCAGGGUUGGCCACAUUGUCCUGAGCUCCCGCAGCCACAUUCCACCUCCCUGACAUGGAGAAAAGGCUCAUAUGGAGGAAAACAUGGGCAACGGGUGUUUCUUGGCAAUUGCUGGCUCUAGUUCUCCUUGGCAUAAAGGGGAACGUGUCUGAGUCUACUUUUGUGCAGGGCUGUGUGCCUCUCUUGGCCUCCUCGGGAAUGAAAAAACCCCACAUAGAUCCAUGCCAAGACCUCUGUAAAUGGGAGUAUACAUACAUUCCAGAAAAAAGAGAGAUGAAAUAAUAAAAUGGCCUAAUGGGAGACAGCCUCGGCCUCCUGCUCUGCAACAGGCCAACAAUUCAUUAGAGAAGGCUGCCAGGGAGACCAGGUGCACCCGGGGAAAUGCCUCCUUUAAGCCAUUUAGCAGACUGAAAUGAAAGUAGAUCAAUUAAUUAUCUGUCUACUAUACCAAAACCAGAAGCAGGUUUGAAAUGUGAAUAUUUGGGGUAAAAUGUAUUCAGAUCUUUUACACUGGUAUAGCUGCCAAAUGUUGUGAAAUGUUCAGAGUAUAGGGACAAGGUGGUGAAUCGUACAUCUCAAUCCACAUGUCUUUGAUUUUCUUCUCAAUGUAUUUUCCUGCCCUUUUGUCCCUGUUCCUAUCAGCUGUGGUCACGGCCGGGUCUUAUAUGAUGCCGGGACCAAUCUCAGAUCCUCUGGUGACAGCCGGCUCAUUUCCCAGCCUGGGUCCCUUGGCAGGGAUCCCCUCCACUACACUGACUGACCAGCUCAAAUACGCCAACCUCCGGGAACUGGGGGCCAUGCUCUCUCCACUGCACUUCCUGGGCAAGCUAGGGAAGAGGCCCCUAACCAUCAAAACAGAGGUGAGAAUGAAAGUUUUGCUUUGGUUCUUGAAGAUGAUGUGCGACGUUUGAAUUGAGACAUCUUUCAGGUAAUUUUACUGUUUAAGACUCACUCUUUUGUUUGAUUAUUUUUUACUUUUCUAACCAUCACAGAAGUUUGAGUUAAAAUGCAUAGGCAAUGUUUUGUUCCCAGAGCUCAGAGGGACUUCGGUAUCUACUUAAAGAUCCAAUGCAGCUGUUUUUAUCACAAUAUCAAAUCAUUUCUAGGUAACAAUGAAGUACCUUACUGUGAUUGUUUUCAAUUAAAAUGGUCAAAAAGAAACAAAAAUAGCUUCUUAGCAAAGCGCAACUUCUCAAGCAAGAAUUUUGCUAGGACUGUUUGGGAGUGGUCUGAGUGGGGAGGGGAAAACUAGCUGUUAUUGGCAUAGAGGUUUGGAACAGUUUUUCUUAUUGGUCUAUUAACUAAUUUAUCGCCUGGUGAUGUCACCAGGCAGUAGUGAUGGGUAACCGAUGCCUUUGGGGCUUUCAACAAAUUGUGCCGAAAAACGGUUCAUUAUUCGGAACUUUUAACACUGCACAUUAGUGACAUCUGCUGGUCAGGAAUACAUAUCAGCAUGUUUGCUGUUUUAUAUAGACCUGUUUUCUAAAUGCUAAUGCACCCAUCAAAACGUCGUAGCGCAAUGGAUAGGCGUGAAUGUUGGUAAACUAAAUUUAGUUAGAAUGCGGGCUUCGCAUCCCACAUCCUACUUGUUCUUUUUGCCCCUUACCCUUAUAUAUUUAUUUUAUUUGAGCUCAACGCACACAUUGCACAGUUUCUAGAGAUAAAUCAGAUCCAGCUUGAACUGUGCGAUGUAGUAGGGAGUUGUAGUUUCCAACAGGCCAAUACUCUACAUAGUUUAGCGCAUUCAAACGUGGUAAUUAACUACAAUGACCAUAAUCCAUAACGCAUCUACUUGGUCUGUGUAUCAUUUACGCCUGCUAUGGAAGAGACAAGAAUGCGUGAUCGUGAGGGGAUAUGGAGAGCAGCUGAUGCUUCGCGAGGUAUCUCUACCUGAAAAUACAUGAUCAAAGUGAUUGAUAGUUGGUAUUCAGCAGUCAUAAAAGUAUUCAUUAUUUACUUUGAAGAACAACAAAAUAGUGAUUUUGUCAGACAGCACAGGCAGUAGCUCUAUAGAGAUGAGAUGAUGACUUGGAAUUAAAUAAUAGCCAUCAAAUAAAACACAUACAUAUACACAACAACUGAAAUAUUUUAUUGAAGUAAAGUGUAUAAAUUAUAGUUAAUAAGUGAUAAGCAGUAAUGGGCAAUCAUGGGACUCUUAUGAAUUGUUUUAUUCUUUGUUACAGCAUUCAACCCAAAUAAUCAGAAAACAGUGAUUUAUUUUUUUAUAAUUGUACCGAAACCGAACUGACCUCAAAAAGCACUAAUCGCUCAGCACUAUCCAUGGUAUUAUUUAGGAUGCUGAAGACAAAACAUUAUCAUAGGCUACACUAAAUAAAACAUUUUUUUGAACAACAAUGGGAAGAUAUUGUGGUUUCACAGAAAAAUGCUUUCGACCAUAGCCAGGAUUCAAUCAUGUGCCUAUGCUGGUGUCUGAUCCUAAAUCCCUGUUCCUACCUGCUGAGCUACCGUUCAGGUGCUAUAAACUGGAAAAAUGUAACUAAAUGUGUAAAUAAGGUGUCCAUUAGAGGUCGGUGUUUGAAAGCAACUUUGCAACAAAGAAAGCACCGGCACCACGGCGAAAUCAGUGUGAUCUCGCAUUUUACAACAGACUGUUCGAAAAGGUACGUGAUCAAACGAAGCUUCGUACAUCAUUGAUCACGUGGGGCUGUUACUUUGAAACUAUCCGUCUAUGCUUUAAAAUGAGCAACUUAGAUUUAUUUUACAAUUAUUUAUUUUUUACAAAAGACAGAAUGAUUUACGAUGUUAAAUAAAAAACUGAACAGCCUAUGAUUAUCAAAACUAAUAAUGUAAAAGUUAGAAAUACAAUGUAACCAGUGUUUCAAAGGCAAAAUAAAUAAAUUAAUCUAUACAGGGAUUUGAUCCUGUGCCUCCACAAGACUAGAGAUUAAUUUGCUGCUGCUAUACAGGCAGAACCACCUGUUAUGUGAGAACUGGAGAAGAAUGUCUAUAGUACGCCUGUAAAUAGUGUCCAGCAGAGGUCCAUUUUUUGGCGGGAUCCACUGACUGAGGGAUCAAACUAGGCAUUCAUUGUACGUCAUUUAUUACGUGGUAACUGCUUGUCAACUUUGCUUUGGGUUUGAAUGAAACUUUUUCAACUUUACAUAUUAACAAAAAACGUUGAUACAUAAUUUGAUAAUGACCAAUAACAACUACAAGAGCUGUUUCAUUUACAAUCACUGAGAAAGAAAACAAUUCUAAAUAGGCACUCUCAAGAUGUGAUACUAGUGCUACAAUUUCAGAAUAGAUUAUUCUACCUUGUGGCGCUACGCCCUGAGCUACUGUAUCUUUACACCUUCUAAGAAUGUGAAAUAUCUAGAUAAAAACAAAAAGCUUCUAGCAGAGGUCGGCGCUCUGUUACGAGCAAUGACACCUGUCAGAUGCUAGUGUGACCUCCGAAGCUUCGAAUGUCAUCAUCACGUGUUAUUGUUACUUUGAUACAAGCAUCGAUAUGUUGUCGAAUCAGUAGUGCUUUGAAAACUGUGGAGCACCGGUAUCAAUCGUCCCAUCACUACCAGGCAGGCCAAAACUCGAUCCCACCAAAACAGGCUGACAUUUAUUUUGGAACAGCUCUUAACACUUAAAAUGCAUUAUCAACAUUUUCAGAAUUUCACAAUGUUAUUCCAACCUCGUAGUGUGGAGAUAUAUAUAUAUAUAUAUAUAUAUAUAUACACUACCGUUCAAAAGUUUGGGGUCACUUAGACAUUUCCUUGUUUUCGAAAGAAAAGCAAAAAAAAAUUGUCCAUUUUAAAAUAACAUCAAAUUGAUCAGAAAUACAGUGUAGACAAUGUUGUAACUGGAAACGGCUGAUUUUUUUUUUUACAUUAGUGUCUAGUUUGAGAAACAGGCACCUCACAGGUCCUCAACUGGCAGCUUCAUUAAAUAGUACCCGUAAAACACCAGCCUCAAUGUCAACAGUGAAGCGGCGACUCCGGGAUGCUGACCUUCUAGGCAGAGUUGCAAAGAAAAAGCCAUAUCUCAGACUGCCCAUCUUAAUCUUUUAUUUUUAUUGGCCAGUCUGAGAUAAGCCACAUCUCAGACUGCACAUCUUAAUCUUUUAUUUUUAUUGGCCAGUCUGAGAUAUGGCUUUUUCUUUGCAACUCUGCCUAGAAGGUCAGCAUCCCGGAGUCGCCUCUUCACUGUUGACAUUGAGACUGGUGUUUUGCGGGUACUAUUUAAUGAAGCUGCCAGUUGAGGACCUGUGAGGUGCCUGUUUCUCAAACUAGACACUCUAAUGUAUUUGUCCUCUUGCUCAGUUGUGCACCGGGGCCUCCCACUCCUCUUACUAUUCUGGUUAGAGCCAGUUUGCACUGUUCUGUGAAGGGAGUAGUACACAGCGUUGUACGAGAUCUUCCAUUUCUUGGCAAUUUCUCGCAUGGAAUAGCCUUCAUUUCUCAGAACAAGAAUAGACUGACGAGUUUCAGAAGAAAGUUCUUUGUUUCUGGCCAUUUUGAGCCUGUAAUCGAACCCACAAUUGCUGAUGCUCUAGAUAGUCAACUAGUCUAAAGAAGGCCAGUUUUAUUGAUUCUUUAAUCAGUACAACAGUUUUCAGCUGUGCUAACAUAAUUGCAAAAGGGUUUUCUAAUGAUCAAUUAGCCUUUUUAAAAUGAUAAACUUGGAUUAGCAAACACAACGUGCCAUUGGAACACAGGACUGAUGGAUGCUGAUAAUGGGCCUCUGUACGCCUAUGUAGAUAUUCCAUUAAAAAUCAGCCGUUUCCAGUUACAACAUUAACAAUGUCUACACUGUAUUUCUGAUCAAUUUGAUGUUAUUUUAAAUGGACAAUUUUGUUGUGCUUUUCUUUUGAAAACAAGGACAUUUCUAAGUGACCACAAACUUUUGAGAGGUAGAGAGAUUUGCGCUGGGCCUUUUAAUGUUGACCAAUGGCAUCACCUAUUGGACAGAAUUAUCAUUAAAACAAAUGUAACCUGCUUUUAGAUUGUUUCCUACACUUGAACCAUAAUUGCUGGGUCCAUUUUCCACCUUGUUCGGUUGUAAAAUAUGUUUGCAUUUCUCCUUAAUGUAGAGAGAUGAGGAAGAAGACAGGAGGAAACGAAGGAGAGAGAAAAACAAAGUAGCAGCAGCACGCUGUAGAAACAAAAAGAAGGAGAGGACAGACUAUCUACAAAGGGUGAGAGGUUUUUCUUUAAUGAAAUGUAAAAUCAAUCUCAACUUUUCUAAGAAUAAGUAAUGAUCUUCCUUCCUUCCUCCUGCCCCCUCUGUCUCAGGAAUCGGAGAGACUAGAGGUGAUGAACUCUGACCUCAAAGCUCAGAUCGAGGAGCUGAAGCAUGAGCGGCAGCAGCUGAUCAUCAUGUUGAAUCGCCACCGCCCAACGUGCAUCGUCAGGACGGACAGCGUCAAGACCCCUGAGAGCGAAGCCAACCCCCUGCUGGAGCACCUGGAGGGCAAGUGAUGUCACAGGACUCAGAGCAGAAGAGCAGCGUGUUGUUCCAGUUUACAGUGAAGCCCCACUCCGGCCAACUAGCAGCACUUCAGUACCUCUGGGUUCUUGGCUUAGAGGAAAACCAGCUAAGCACACCUGCCUGGAGCCAGAGAGCCUUUUAAACACAAAGGUGACCCAAUGUGAUUGGACUUCGUGCUGGCAGUUAAACACAUUUAUUUCUAUGUUUUUUUUGUUUUGUUAUUUCCAUUCAGGGCCCCAUAGCCUCAGCCACUAUCACUAUAAAUAGAAUAAAUGGCUAAAUGCAGCUUGGUGAGAAAUACUCCACCACUCCUAGGCAACGUGACAGAUCUCUCAGGCCCCUAGGCACAGUCAGAGCUUGUGCUAUGUUUUGUUUUUACUUAUGCGUACUAGUUAUGAACUAGUAUGGUUUUUGAAUAUUAUUUUUUAUUUGUAUUACGAUAUGUCCUGAUGGCAGACCGGUUGAACCGUUUUCUUUUGUCUUUUAUUUUGGCGCAGGCGUCAUAUAUGCACAUAGCCUAUAUAUGGACUGUUUACAUUGUAGUUGGUCUGCUAUUGCUACUUCCAAAUAUGGUUCUGAUUUUUAUACUUACUGUACAUUAUAUCAUAUAGAC